GGCUAGUGUCUGUACAUAGAAAUAUUUGUACGCCAAGUGAAUUAUCAAAGAGAUCAAGAAGAUCAAUCGACUAAAGAAGUGCUAAUUUCUAAAAAAGAAUGUCGUGGGUACCUCCAAAUCUAGCAAGCCUCUGCCCACCUAAUUCAACAUUAUCAUCAUGUCAGCCACCUAUGUUUAUGUUUCUGACGCUCGUUGCACAUCUUUUCAGUUAUUCCGGAGACGAUUCUUAUCCCAAUUAUGAUACAGAAAAAGAAUACGAUUUUAUUAUCGUGGGAGCUGGAUCAGCCGGAUGUGUUCUUGCAAACAGGUUAAGCGAAGUAAAAAAUUGGAAGGUAAUAUUAUUACUGGAAGCUGGUAUAGAAGAACCAGAGGUAGCCGAAAUUCCGUCCUUCGUCUCUAUGUUAGCAGGAAGCAAUAUUGAUUGGACGUAUCGCAUGCAACCUGAUCAACAUUCUUGUCGAUCAAGAAAGGAAAGAAGUUGUGCGAUGCCAAGGGGUAAAGUGAUGGGUGGCUCCAGUACUAUCAAUUAUAUGCUCUACGUUCGUGCUAAUCCAAGAGAUUAUGAUGGAUGGGUAGAAGAAGGAAAUCGUGGUUGGAGUUACGAAGAAGUUUUACCAUAUUUCCUCAAGUCAGAAAACAACAUGGAUCCAGAGAUAGUGGAGGACAAUCCGCUAUAUCACAACACAUAUGGUUACCAAUCGGUACAAGAAUUUCCGUACACCGAUGAUAAUGUCGAGAUCAUAUUGAACGCGUGGCAAGAACUCGGAUACAAACUCGUGGAUGUCAACGGUAAUAACCAACUUGGCGUGAUGAACCUACAAACAACCUCCGCCAAUGGAACACGUCAAAGCACAAAUAGUGCUUUCAUACGACCCAUCAGACGUGAACGUAAGAAUUUAACUAUUAAAACUGAAGCAUACGUCACUAGAUUGCUCGUAGACUCCAAGACGAAAUGUGUACUAGGCGUCGAAUAUGCUUCAACGACUGAAACUAACGAAACUAAAUUAAACGUAGUUCUUGCUAGAAAGGAAGUGAUUCUCUCAGCUGGUGCAAUUAAUUCACCAAAAAUCCUUAUGUUCUCUGGAAUUGGACCAAGAGAAGAGUUAAGGAAACAUGGUAUUAACGUAAUUAGUGAUUUAUCAGUUGGAAGGAAUCUUCAAGACCAUGUGUCCAUGCGCGGUUUAAUAAUUGCACUGAAUUUUACUUCCACGAGAAAAAAUAACUCUAUGAAGGAGGAAGAUAUUUUCUAUUAUGAGAAGACACACGGGGGACCUUUAUCUGCAAUAGGCACUACUUCUUGCUCUGUUUUCUUACAAACAAUCUUUGAACACGAAAAUGGCGUACCUGAUAUACAAUUGUUAUUCAUUGGAGUUAAUCAAGAGGAUAUUUUAACAGAGCCAGAGUUAGCUAGUGAUAUAAAUGUCGAGCCAAAGUCUUAUUAUGAUGGCAUAAAUAUUAGUCCACUUUUAUUAUCACCUAAAAGCAGAGGAUAUGUAUUAUUAAAUGAUACUGAUCCUUUGUGGGCACCACCUUUAAUUUACUCUGGAUAUUUUACCAACAACAGUGAUUUGAACGUAAUGGUGGAAGGAGUGGAAAUAGCUUCAAAUCUGUUUAAUACAGAGUCGUUUAAGAAGAAUGAUUUUAGAUUGAUGGAUAAGCCUUUGCCUGCUUGUAGACAAUUUGAGUUUGGAAACAGGGAUUAUUGGAAGUGUGUGAUGAUGGAGUAUACUACGACUAUCUUUCAUCCAGUUGGAACUUGCAAGAUGGGACCAAAGUCGGAUCCUGAUGCUGUAGUGGAUGAGAGGUUAAGGGUUUAUGGGGUCGAAGGAUUAAGAGUUGUAGAUGCUUCGAUUAUGCCAAAAAUUGUUAGGGGGAAUACGAAUGCGCCUACUAUUAUGAUCGCGGAGAAAGCUAGUGAUAUGAUUAAGGAAGAAUGGUUUAUUUGAUAAAGGAGAUUGAAUUCGAAUGAUACGAUUUGAUGAAGAAAUAGAUGAAAGGAAGAUUAAUUGUUAUAUAUAAC